UGAUCUAACCUAUUGUAACGAAAUAUUCGCACUCGGUUCAAAAUGUUGAUGGGAAUUUCAUAUUUACUUACACCAAUUAGACGUAUUUCAAAUACUACAAUAUUCGCUCUGUCAUCAGGAUUUGGAAAAUGUGGUGUUGCGGUCGUUCGUGUGUCUGGUCCAGAGACCAAAACAGCCAUAACAUCAUUAACAAAGACUGUACCAAGUACAAAAAACCUGAAACCGAGAUAUGCAUCCUUACGAAAAUUAUGGCAUCCGAAAACAAAUGAUUUAAUUGAUAAAGGGCUUGUCCUAUUUUUUCCCGCUCCACACAGUUUCACCGGCGAAGAUUGCUGUGAAUUUCAGGUGCACGGUAGUCCAGCUGUUGUGUCUGCAAUUUGCGAUGCACUAAAUAGUAUUGAUGGUUUUCGGCCAGCAUUGGCUGGUGAGUUUGCAAAGCGUGCCUUUCGAAACGAGAAAUUGGACCUGAUUGAAAUUGAAGGUUUGGCCGAUCUCAUUCAUGCCGAAACUGAUAUCCAACGAAAACAAGCACUGUUACAAGCUGACGGUGCAUUAUCAAGUGUAUAUGCUGAAUGGCGACAAACAUUAUUACGAGCGGUUGCAUGUUUUGAGGCAUAUAUUGAUUUUGCCGAAGAUGACGAUAUCGAGCCCGAAACUAUAAAUCAAGUGCAAAGCGACGUUGAUAAAUUGAUUAAUGAAAUAGAACGAUUUCUAAACGAUAGCCGAAAAGGUGAAAUGCGAAGGAAUGGUGUAAAAACGGCCAUUCUUGGUGAGCCAAAUGUUGGAAAAAGCAGCUUUAUGAAUCACAUAUGCCAAAAGCCAAUUUCAAUUGUGGCCAGUAUUGAAGGUACAACACGUGACAUUGUUGAAUCAUCAUUCAAUAUUGCUGGUUUUCCUGUUGUAAUUGCUGACACAGCUGGCUUACGGCAUCACACACAUGAUCCGAUUGAAAAAGAGGGCAUACAGCGUGCAAAGCAAUAUGCAGCUGAAGCUGAUUUAAUCAUAUUAAUAGUUGAUGUAAAUAAACUACUAGCGUCCGAUAUGAGUCUUCAUGAAUUUAAACGAAAACAUCUGAAUAAAAUGGGAAUUACCGAAGACAAUGAGAUUAUGCAAAAAGAAAUCAUUGUUAUUGCGAAUAAAUGUGAUCUCGUUGAUAAGACACCUGUAAUGCAGGACAAUGAUAUCGUUUUUGUGUCAUGUACAGAAAAUCAUGGUAUUGAUGGUGCACUGAAAAAAAUUGAAGAAACACUUCGACAAUUGACCGACUAUAGUCCAUUGGGUUUGGCGCAUGUGCCACCAAAUGAACGGCAUCGUCAAUUCUUGGUGAAGUGUUUGCAACAUUUGAGAGAAUUCAAAACUUAUUCGAGUUCGGAUGGGUUUGAUUUCUCCAUUGCCGCCGUUUAUCUACGUGAAUCACAGCAUCAAUUGGAAAAUAUUUCAGGCAGAACAAUUCACAUUGAAGAAAUGUAUGAUUUUAUUUUUAAACAAUUUUGCAUAGGAAAAUAAACAACAUGUUAAUCUUAUAA